AUGGAGCUAAAUGAGACACGUAAUGAAACUGCAACAUUGAAUUAUGGUACUUCCAAAUCACCGAUGCCGUGGAGUUCAGAAAUGUUGACUACUCAUCUCCCAUUUGAAGAGCCGCCGUUAAUAUCCAUAUGGACGGCAAUAGCAGGUAGUGCUCUAGGCCUAGCUAUAAUUCUAGGAAAUGUUGUCGUCAUAUUACUUUUUACGAGAGUUAGAAGUCUUCGGAAACUAUCAAAUUUAUUCAUUCUCAAUCUAGCUGUUUCAGAUCUUCUAGUCGGUUUGAUGUCGACUACUGUGUUCACUAUGUACAACGUAAUAGGAAAGUGGCCGUUCAGUCGUUUAGUUUGUGAUAUAUGGCUCACUAUAGAUUACACUGUCUGCAGUGUAUCGCUGUUUGCCAUAUUGGCUAUAACUGUGGAUCGAUACAUUGCAUUAGUUGAUCCAAUACGACAUUUAACUCGGAUCAACAAACGACAGGUUUGGACAACAAUAUGUCUGACAUGGAUAGUAGCAUUUGUGAUAUACGGGCUACCUAACUUUCUGUGGCCUCGGUUCCAACGUGAAUACAGUACUUCUGAAGAAGAGUGUGUUAUUGCAUAUUUGGACGUUACAUGGUUUAUAAUCUUGCAGACAAUAUUAGGAUAUUGGAUACCAUUAUUUGUUGUAUUCGCACUGUAUAUCAAAAUAUAUCAAGUGGCUACUAAGACUGCACACAAAAGAGUAAGCCGGAUUGACAAUGCCGGUGCACAGUCCACGAACCCAACAUGUAAGGCACAUGAACACCGGACGUUCAAGGGUGUGGAAAACAGAACGGAGCCUAAUAAAGAAUUGCCAGAUUGCACAGACUUAAAUAAUGCCUCUAGCAGUGAAAUUGGAGUUAUGAAUCCCGCAUUUUCUAAGGAUGGAGAUAUUUUCGAAACAGGAAGGCCACAAGACAGUACAAUCGUUCCGUUCGAUGGCAGUGGUGACUUAAAUGACAAGCAAUGCUGCACCACGGACGAUGCAGUAAAAAAUCAAUUUCACGUUUUUUCUGAACAAGACAGAUCAGGAUUUGCAACUCACAUUGAUGAUGCGAUCUCAGCGAAUAAAGUCACCCCUUCAAAAGAAGCCAGUGAUACAGUGGAGCUACACGGUAGGUCAGAAUCAAUUACUACGCUGAAUUAUCCUGAUCAUGUAUUUGAACUAGAUGACAUGCAAACCGGUCGACGCGAAGAUAAAAUGUCUGCGGCCUACGUUGGACAAUCUAAAACUGUUGUGAAUACAGCGCACAAUAUGGCAAAAAGAACUACUAAAACUAAUGAAAGUAAAACAUUCCGCACUGUCACUACAUUACUAGCAGCAAUUGUGUGUUGCUGGAUGCCGUACCACAUAGUUGCCAUUGUGAUUACCUUAUGUCCAAAAUGCAUUCAUCCUGAUGUGUUUAAAGUGGUCUACUGGAUGUACUUCACAAACAGUGCAAUUAAUCCUGUAUGUUACGCACUUGCUAAUCCUAUGAUGCGAAAAGCGCUGAAAAAACUCAUCUUUGAACGCAAACUAGCUUAG